CACAGCAGUUUAACGGUCGUUUGUUUUUCCUCUCACCGCGGACUCCCUGAACGGUCCGGUACUUCACUCACAGUGUGUCAGUGUGUGUGUUUGCUGAUUGGCUGAACCGGGACCGCUCUGCGCACUGCGUGCAACACAGGGAGCUGCGAGCAGAUAUAUUGGGUGCACAGGCUCGCGCCACUCAACAGUUUCCCACUCCGCCGGUACCCCAGAGGGCACUCGCUGACGAGGAAAGCGUAGAAAAGCUUAAGUGUUUGAAAUAACCCAGAGUCCAUGGCUGCCCCUGCACACAGCCGCUGCCUGUGGAUGUUGCUGCUGGGCGCGUGCGUGUCGCUGGUGGUCGGGACGGAGUGUGAGAAGGAGUGUGCACUGUGUGUGUACCGCCUGCUGGGACAGCACCCUCUCUCCUCCCUGACAUGCUCACUUGAGUGUGAGGGUGUGUUGGACAGCCAGAAGCUGCGUCUGUGCCGGGACUUCCUAUUGGAAAAGGAUAACCAUCUUCCUCUGGAUUCUGACCCCCGUCAAGAGCAGGAACAGGAAGCCGCGGGCGCCAUGACAGCUGACGACGAGGACUCGGCUUCACCGGAACACCAGCUGGUCAAGAAGUACGGCGGCUUCAUGAAGCGCUACGGUGGUUUCAUGUCUCGCCGCUCCUCCUCUCCAGAGGGGCCACGAGAGGAUGCUGUAAACCAGGAUGAAGAAGAAAAAGUUCGCCUGGAAAUCCUAAAGAUUCUCAAUGCGGCAGUUGAGCACGGUGGUGAGGGGGAUGGUCAGGGAGGCGAGGCGGUGAAGAGGUACGGAGGCUUCAUGCGCCGCGCUGAGGAAGGGGUCGCGCAGGGUGACCUGCUGGAGGCGAUUUUAGGCCGCGGGCUGAAGAAGCGCUACGGAGGGUUCAUGAGGCGCGUGGGCAGGCCUGAGUGGCUGGUGGACAACAGCAAGAGUGGGGGGGUGUUGAAACGGGCCUGGGAGAACGGCAGCGAGCUACAGAAGAGGUACGGGGGCUUCAUGGACUAGGACGCAACAGUUAUGACCCUUCACACCCCCCCCCCCCCCCCCCAAGCAUUCACCUUGUAAUCUGGACCUGUUGGUGUUUGAAUCCACUGCUGUGUAUAAGUGCACUGCAUACUGCUUUGGUUCAAUUGCUCCUGUAAUUAUAUAAAAAAAAAAAGAUAAACAUGUGUUGUUCAGAUGUACACAAAUUAUUUUUGGUCUGUUUCUGGUUUUCAUGAUGAUAUUAUUUAUUAAAAAUAAUCUGUUGAUCGAG